UAUCUAUAUGGGAGUCUGUGUGUAUACUCCUGCCUUUGCACUAAAUGCAGUUACUGGAUUUGAAUUAUGGGGAACAGUGCUGGCCACUGGCCUUGUGUGCACAUUGUACACAACAAUGGGUGGUUUGAAGGCUGUGAUCUGGACGGAUGUCUUUCAGACUGUUGUGAUGUUUGCAGGGCAGCUGGCUGUCAUCAUGGUGGGGGUGCAGCGAACUGGAGGGGUGUCUGAAGUUUGGAGGAAAGUCUGGGAGGGAAACCGCAUAUCUGGUCUGGACUUAAACCCAGAUCCUACAGAGAGACACACUUUCUGGACUCUGGGGGUCGGUGGGAUCUUCCUCAUGCUGUCUCUGUACGGAGUCAACCAGGCUCAGGUCCAAAGAUAUCUCAGCUCACGCACAGAGAAGGAGGCUGUCAGGUCGUGCUACAUGGUGUUUCCCUCCCUGCAGUUGGCUCUGGCUCUCAGCUGUGUGAUGGGACUGGUCAUGUUUGCACGUUACUGCGGAGAAGAUCCCUCCGACAAGCUGGGCACCUCCUCGAGGGAUGCAAUGGUGAUAUACUUUGUGAUGGAUAUGCUGCAGGGUCUGCCUGGACUGCCUGGACUGUUUGUUGCUUGUUUAUUCAGUGCUGCUCUCAGCACCAUCUCCUCUGCCUUUAACUCUUUGGCCACUGUGACAAUGGAAGACCUCAUCAAACCAUAUUUCCCUGCCAUGUCAGAAUCCAGAGCAACCCUGCUGUCCAAAGCCUUAGCUGCGUCCUACGGGCUGCUGUGUCUGGCCAUGGCCUAUCUCACUCACCUCAUGGGUGACUCAGUUCUACAGGUGGCUUUAAAAAUCUUCGGGAUGGUCGGUGGUCCUAUUCUCGGUCUGUUUUCUCUCGGGAUGUUCUUCCCCUGGGCCAACUCCACUGGAGCGGUGGCAGGUCUGGGCACCGGCCUGGCUGUAGCUUUCUGGGUCGGCAUCGGCAGCAUCUUCACUCGUAGCUCCGGCGCGAGGCCGCUGCCUCCUGACUGCACAGCCAUCCUCAACACGACCACCGCCAUUCACACUGCACUCAGCAACGUCACUCUGAGCCAACCCACUGGACUGAAGAGGUUUUAUUCAUUGUCUUACAUGUGGUACAGUGCAUUUAACUGCUUCACAGUCAUUCUUAUAGGCCUGAUCAUCAGCUUUCUCACAGGCCCUAUGAAAGAAGAGGAUGUAACACCAGGAACAAUCUAUCCCCUGUUAGGGAAACUCCUUUGUUUUCUGCCUGAACACCUCAAAAAGAAGCUCUGCUGUGUGACUCCUCUGGGACAGACACUUUCAUCACACCAAAUGCAGCCUGCACAACACAAAGAAAACAACGGGUUGGGUUUCCAACAGGAGGACGGACUAUCACAGGAAGAGGCCGAGAGUUUUCUUCCUGAUGGUCACACACCUUCUGUGGAGCAUGAAACAACAGUGUGAUAUCGCAGCCUCUCAUUUCAGGCUACAGAACGGUUAAAGCCUCUUUACACAGAGCACUUGGACAAAAAAUAUGUUUGUAUACUGUUGACUUUAGGAUGAAGGAUGUGAUUCAUAUUUGCACUGUCAGAUGCUGCAGCGAGGUUGAAACUAAAGAAUGUCAACCAAUGUCAAUCAGUCAACACUAGUCAACAAUUUUUUUUUUUUUUAAAUUUCAGUUUACUGGCAUCUGCAGCUGAGCCCAUCACUGUCUUGUAGAUAAUCACGGUUGAUUUACAUACGGUAUUUGUCAGCUUCAGGAGCAUGAUCUCUGAUUCACAUUCAGUUGAGUCCUUGCAUGUAAAAAUACUGCACUACACUGCUAAAGAUGUUUCAUCCUGGUAUUUACCACUGUAUAUACUUGACUGUUUAGCACUACUGCAGCUGUACGAGAGGUCCUGUGUCAUACUGUUGUUAGAUGAUAGUGCCUCACUUUUUAAGAAUGUACGAGUGAAUUCUGACUGUAAUGUAAUGUUGUAAACCCUUUUCUUAAAGGGAUUAAAGAUUUUGUAGUUAACCUUU